GCACAAUCAAGAGCAAACCACCUUCGCGUAAACACAGACUUCAGCGUGAAACCUUUCCACGAGCGUCCUCCGGUUUGCUUGUUGUCCAGAAAAGCUGAAAGACUCGCGCAGCCCAGCCAGGGGACGCCAAAUUGUUGAGGAAAUUAGACAACACUCGCAGACUCGUCCUCUGAAGGUAAAGGUGUGAAGCGAGGGCGUGUGUAAGGAGUCUGUGUGUGUCCUCUGAGGAGCCGUAGAAGAGACUCGGGCCUGCAGGACGUGGAACAGAAUGGGAGCUCCUGUUUUGUUAGAAGAAGAAGAAGAGAUUCUUCCCACGUUGUUGAGAUGAGCUCAUCGGAUCUGGCGUCUCCUUCCAUCUGCUCUUACUCCUGAAUUCCCAAACAGCUCGUCACGUUCUUCUCGGGAUAUGGAGGGAAGGAACUCUGCGUAAAUCACUGCAGAUCUGUUUAUUAUCAUCGUCAGAAAAGAAUUAACUGUAAAAUACGUGUGAAGAUUACUGACCUGUGACACACACACACACAUACGCAUAUGAACUGGAAUUACAUGCAUUUCUUUCCUCUGGAAUGAACUUGGUGGGGAUAAAAAAAAACUUUUUAAUGCCUGGAUUAAACAGUCGGAAACUCGUUUAACUCGGAGACGUUUUUCCUUCAGCAAGAUGGCGGGAAAGGACUACAAUCAUCUCUUCAAACUGCUCAUCAUCGGAGACUCCAAUGUUGGGAAAAGCAGUUUACUACUGAGAUUUGCAGACAACUCCUUCUCCGGGAGCUACAUAACCACUAUAGGUGUGGACUUUAAAAUCCGGACAGUGGAGAUCGAUGGAGAGAGAGUGAAACUUCAGAUCUGGGACACAGCGGGACAGGAGAGGUUCAGAACCAUCACGUCGACGUAUUACAGGAACACUCACGGGGUCAUUAUCGUGUACGACGUUACGAAUCCCGAGUCGUUUGUGAACGUGAAGCGGUGGCUGAACGAGAUCUCGCAGAACUGCGACAACGUGUGUAAGAUAUUAGUUGGGAAUAAGAACGACGAUCCGUCUAAGAAGCAGGUGGACUCUCACGACGCUCAGCGGUUCGGAGAGACUGUAGGAGUUCGAGUGUUCGAGACCAGCGCUAAAGAAAAUAUCAACGUGGAAGAGAUGUUCAUGGCGUUUACCCACAUGGUCCUGCGGGCGAAGAAGCAGAGUCAGAGCCGAGCGGAGCGAGAGCGAGAGAGAGAGAAGGACACGGUUCACAUCAACGCUCACCGCGACCGCGACAGGAGGAAGAGAGGAAAGAAAUGCUGCUGAGAACCGAGAGAGAAAUGAGGAACCCUGAGGAACUGCACCUGCGGCGCUCUGGCAACCGUUUCACAUUAUGUUUAUGCGUGACUUUGCACUGAUGACAGGAACUGGAACUGGAACUGGAAGCCACUAUAAAGUACUCGAAUGGUGUUUUUGUAAAAUAAGAAAAAAAACAUGUAUAAUUUUAUGACUAAACGAGUGACGUACAGUCGACGGUAUCACACUGUUAUUACACACGUAAUCAAAGAGCCAUUAACACAGCUGAUGUGCUUCGUCAAUAUGGUAAUAAAAACAAAAAAACUAAUGAAAAGUAUUGAUGAGCCACGUCAUGCCUCCAAAUUAAUCAAUAGCAAUAAAAUACUGUGUUAAAAAUGCACUAGA